AUGAAAAACAAGAGAAGCCGAAAGGAAAUGGAUCAGGUUAAUAUGAUGCGAAGUCCAGAAUGGAAACAAGGGUGGACGACCCAGACUCUAGGCUCGAUCUCUGCCCCACCCCGCCCGUUGCUGGUCAUAUUCACCAUUGUCAUGUUCUUCUUGUCUCUGUCUCAAUAUAAAAGCUACAAGGAGCAUACGUACAGUGCUGCUAUCAGUUUCGAUUUAUUCCUGUACUUGGUGCCAGUUUUUCUGAUCUUCUUCAUGCGGUCGAGCCUCUCAAGUUCAAUAUCCAACUUCUGGUCUUCACAACCUAGAAAUGUAAGGCACAACUGGGCUCGUGGAAUGGCAGGAUUCCCCUGGGGUGUGGCCCUUUUGGUGGUGGUGCUGCUAGUGCUGGUGUAG